AUACGUGUGUGAGACACCCAGUCGAGUGAGACCCAGGGAAAGAAAUACCCACGAACAGUUGUUUAGCCGGAAAACUGGUCAAUCGCUUAGAUAGCCGGAAACUGUGACCCACGAUGCAAGCAUUCAAGGUCUGCGCGCUCCUGGCUUUCUUCCUCGUCCUCGUUUCCGCCCGCGGCAGCAAAAGGCGGGAUGGCACCGUUACGAUAACGGAAAGUGAGCGACGAAAUAUUGAGGACUUUCUAUUGGCCAAGCUUAAGCAGAACUGCAGGCAGGAGGACGAUCGCGCCUGUAGGAUGAUCAAGAUGUCUAUUGUUAUGAAUCACCUCUACCUGAACACUCGCCUUGACCUUGGCGACCGUGUCAAGGUCACGGAAAACUGGAACAUCUCGAUGGUGCCUGACGACCCGGAGGUGAACCAGCUGCUGUCCCGGUCCAUGGGCUCCGACGAAGAGACCUUCGCCCUGCUGAUGGCCAACAAGCUGUGGAAGUUCAUCCGGUCGCGCUCGCUGCGCUACAAGUUCUCGGAGAACGCGGACUUUGUGAUGAACAGCGACCCAGAGGGCAGUCUGAAUGUGGGCGUGUCCGUGCGCCCCCUGGAGGCGCUGCAGGAGGGGCGUGGCAAGAUGAAGAACAUGGGACCGCUGCUGAUGAUGAUGGCGGCCAAGACGGGAAUGGUGGGGGCCCUCCUGCUCAAGGGACUCUUCCUGCUGGCCGGAAAGGCCCUGAUUGUCUCGAAGAUCGCCCUGCUGCUGGCGGUCAUUAUUUCGCUGAAAAAGCUGCUCUCCAGCAAGAAGACCAUCGUGGAGGUGCCCUCGCACCACGACAGCUACAGUUCGGGCUGGUCGAGGGCCUUCGACGGGUUCGUGGAGGGCCUGGUGGACGUGCCCGCCGACGUUUUGGCCAAGGAGGUGCAGCACCAGCAGGAGCAGGCCCAAAACCUAGCCUACAGCGGCCAGCAGCCGGGGAAAGUGGCGCAAUAAAGCUAGUUGUAACUAACUUGUUAUUUAUGUCAUUAGAUCAGGAAUGAACUAAAUUGGGUUUU